AUGUACAAUUGGCCAAAGCUCCAUUUUCCACCUUCUGCUACUGAAAGUGGGAAACCACUUAAUUCUUUCUUCCCCCCAUCUUCUUCCUCUGGCAACAGAGCAGCAGAAGCUGGUUUAAUGUCCAGCUUUAAGAAGUCAACUCUGUUUGAGGGAGUUAGAGAGGGGAGAGGGAGUAUAAUGACAAGUGAUCCAAAACUGAGGUAUGAAAAGAAACUGGGUCUUUCAUUCCUAAGGCUAAAAGAGAACCAAGGGCACCCUGAACAAAUACAUGCUGAAUCCUCCUCUCCAGUUUUGGUUAUCAUCAGUGAUCAGGACCUUGACUUUAGUAAGACUGACAAAGCUUUGGAGUCUUCUCAUAUGUCUGGAGCCAGUGUGCAGCCAGCUGAGGUUUGUACUCAGCUUUCUGGAGCCUCUGAGCACCUAGAGGCCAGGCCAAGUGUAUGUCUUCGUGGGUUCUCAGGGCCAGGAGAAGUCGAAAACCAGCCAGAAACCCCAGCAUCUGAGGAACACUGGGGUACCAAAAGCAAUCUUUCUGACUGCACUCGUCCUUCUGGGAGUCAUGAGGAAGAACCUUGCACUGCCUUCAAGUUACUUAAGCAGCCAGAACAAGAAGAGGCGGUGGUACCUGCUAGCACAGACUGUAUUUCAAACGUACACCAGCCAGUUAAUCUGCAUGACAUCAAGGAACCAGAGACCAUCAAAAGGCCUGUUCUCAACUAAAGCAUCAUAAAUGAUUUUAAGGAAUUGGCCAUUUAUGAUGCAGAUGACUUAGUGGUAGAUCAAUCUUAACCAGCUUUUUAUCCUUCCUGUGCUGUUCUAGCACCUGAGCCUCAUGCUAUAUAAGAGUUAAUUAAGAAAUAAUGUGUGGGUUUUAUUGUUCCCUCUCUUCUCUAUAGAGUCAAAUGCAAUUCAUUUAAGGAGCUUCCUGUGUAAAGCAAAGGCAGGAGGUGCUAAGAUUUACUCACUCU